UGUGCGUCGUGCAGCGCCUUCGUCACUCACCCUGUCUUCCACCAAGCUAUUUGUAGGUUACUAAGGCAGCCAUGUCCCGUUCGGCCCCACUUUCUCUGACAUGCGGCCAGUCUGAUAUAUGUACUGGCCGGUGUUGCUCGUUGACGCGGCCUUUGCUCUGCUAUUUGCUUUCGCUGAGAUAGGCGUUCUGUUGCGCGCAGACAGUUCAUCAUGUCUUCUCCUCAGGGUGGUCAAGGAGGUCAAGGAGGUCAAGGAGGUCCCCCUUUAGGGCAACAUGGCCCACCAGUACAAUCAGGUCCUCCAUAUGCACCACAAAACGACAGUCUGGGUGGUGUACCUAGCAUAAUGCCCGAUAUUCCUAUAACGGCCGCCUUUCUUUUCCUCUAUGUUGUCUUCGCAAUUAUCCAUAUUGUAAUAUUCAAGAAGAACAAUGCCCGAGGGCACAAAUUUUUGUUUUCGGGGGCCAUGUUUGGUUUCUGCACAAUUCGAAUAAUAACAAUGUCCUUGCGAAUAGCGUGGGCAUGUCAUGCUCGAAAUAUCAGUCUGGCGAUUGCGGCUCAAAUCUUCGUCUAUGUUGGAACCGUCAUUUUGUUCAUUAUGAACUGGUUUUUCGCGCAAAGAAUCAUCCGCGCUCAGCAUCCAAGAUGGGGGUGGUCAAAGCCUUACCGUGUUCUCCACCGAGCCGGCCUUUUCUUCCUGAUCACCUGCUUAUUGAUGCUCAUUGUAGCAUCGAUUCAGCAAUUCUUCACUUUGGAUGAAUAUAUACACAAGAUCGAUCGCAAUCUCCAACUCACGGGCCAGACUUACUUCGCAGUAUUCUGUCUUGCUCCAGCAAUCCUGAUCUUAAUUUCGGUCAUUCUCCCAAGAAGGGGCACCGAAAAGUUUGGCGCUGGCCGACUUCGUAACAACAUCUCAAUCCUUCUUUUGGCCGUUUUCAUGCUUUCGGCUGGGGCCAUUUUCCGUUGCGUUACAACAUGGCUUCCACCUUCUCCUCUUCGAAACCCUCAAACCGGAUGGCCAAACCCUUCGCCGUGGUAUUUUUCUCGAACUUGCUUCUACAUCUUUAACUUUACUACUGAAAUUAUCGUUGUCAUCUUAUACGCACUUGUUCGCUUCGACCUCCGUUUCCACGUCCCAGACGGUUCGAAACGCGCUGGAGAUUACCAUGACGGACGCUAUCACGUGGGUAUUAUUGGCAACGAAAAGAAUCUCAAGCGCGCCUCGAGCGGGCCAAUGUAUACAGCGCAUCCCAAUGUCUCAGCCGACACGCUACACGAGUAUGAGUCGUCCCUCUUCGACGAUACUCGCACACUUGCUGAUUCGUUACGAUACCCAUCCUCCGUCCUUGAAGUCGACUCCAAGACCGGACAUUGGAAGAUCAAGCGCAUAUCUGGCGCAUCUUCCAUUCGCACACACCACUCGCACAUGUCCAAUCCCAGCCUAUGGAGUCCAGAUCGCGAUACCUACGUCAGCGGCGAUGUCCCUCCCAUUCCAUCACUCCCCGACAAAGGGGAUUGGCCGCUUCGCGAAUCCCAGCUCCCACGCGGCUCAAUCCCAGUAAUGGAGCACCGGAAUCGGAGAAGUACAUCUGGAGGAACGUCGAACAAGAGUAACGAGAUAGAGGGCCACGAUAUGAAUGGUUUCGAUAUGAGCAGCGCUAUUGCGGACGCGUUAGCGAGACUUGAAGGCACUAGUGGGAAACAUGCACUGCCACCGGGAUACGAUACCAUAACCCCAAUCGAUGCGAGGAGACCAGAAUCCUCAGAUAUCCCAAAGAAAGUAGGAGAGUAUUCGACAACGAGACAUACUGCGAGUUCUGAUCUGCCGGGAAAGACGUAUCCAACAGCGCUAGCUCCGGCUCCAGCGCAAAUCCGACCUCAAUCACACAACGCUAGAUCGGAUCUCCCCGCCAAAAUCAUGCCCCCAGAACCAAGUCCGCCACAACCCUCCGAAGGCACGGGGAGGAAUGAACCCAGUUUCGAAACCGCAGAAGAGGAACCCAGGCGAUUUAGCUUCGAAGCUCUGCCAUGGAGAGGCGAGGAGGGAUAUGAGCGCAGUUUGAGCUCAAGUGAAAGGGAUUUGGAGAGGAGAAGUUAGAAGUAAUUGUUACGAAUAUUGCGUAAGGUCAUGAGCGUCGGCGUUUACGUGUAUGUGUGUGCUUUGUUAGGAGGCUUUUUGUAUAUUUAUCAUGAAUAGGUCGCAAGUACCUAUGCUACACAAUAUUAUGAAUUCAGAUUGAGAAUUGGGUUCGAUGGCCGUGUUGCGGGGCAUCUGGGGCGUAGGUGGGCUUAUGCCACAUGGAAUUUGGUCAUCGUCUACUUUCACAAUCUUCACCUGGGUUAGGAUAAGAUUGGACACAUUCAGUGUUCAUCCACUCAACAAAAGAC